AUGUUGGUAUCGUGGUUAAAGACACCGACAAGCCAGAGGGAGAACAGAGAGCCUCCCCGCCAUCCACUGCCCUCCGACCGUCCUUCCACCCCACACAUCCCCACGCCCGUCCGCCUCAUCAUCCACCCGUCCCCCUCCAUAACCCCUUUCCCCCGCCACGACCCAGGCCGGUCCCCGAGCCCAAGACGCUUCCGCCGCGUCGUGCGCCCCUCCCCGCCCCAAGUCACGGGCCACAUUGUCCCCUACCACGUCCCCGUGCCGAACACCUCGCAUGCCAUCCCCUUCGAGGACUUCAUACGCAUCGUGUACCGCCCCGGCGAUGGCCAUCGCUUCGCGGCGUGGAGUUCGUUCUACGGGCGUGGUUCGUCGGUGUGGUUGACCGACCGGAACCUGAGGACGCUUUGGAUGAGGCUCGUGGGGAGGGCGGCGAGGGAGGAGAGGGAGAGGUUGGGGCUUCCGGCGGAGCCUGGCGAGGAGACGUUGGAGAGGGUGAGGGAGUGGGCUGAGGAGACGGAGUGGGAGGCGAGAACGGAGGUUGGUACUUAUGGCGGGGGAGAUAGAGAGGGUGAGGAGGGUUAUGCUGCUGGUGAUGAUAAUGAUGAUGAGGACUGGGAUGUGGACGAUGAAGAAUUGGAGAUUUAUCAGGAGGAGUUGAGGGGUCAUCAGAGGAGGCUGCAGGGCGAGUUGGAUGGCAUUAGGGAGGAGUUGAGGAAUAACAGGAGGCAGGCGAGGAGGAUAGAGGCGGAGAGGAGGGUGUUGGAGAGGAUUAUUGAGCAGGCGACGGAGAGUGAGGCUCAGACGACGAGGGAGGCGGGUGUUCAGACGGGGGAGGUGGACGAUUUUGAAGUGGGAGAGACGGAGGAGGUCGAGUUGGAGCAUGUGGAGGAUGUUGAGGUAGAACAGGGGGAGGAUGCCGACGCAGCACUAGCGGAAGAAGAUGACGAUGGUGUUGAUUAA